GGAUUAGAUAUCUAACUUAGAUUUUGUCCAUUAUCACCAGCAUCGAUCAUCAUGUCUUCAUCAAACAGACACUGGCCUAGCAUGUUCAAAUCCAAGCCCUGCAAUACUCACCACCAAUGGCAGCAUGACAUCAACUCGUCUCUCAUGUCAACUGGUUGCCAAAAAGCCCCUUACACCUCUGUUGCAGGGUGUGAAGAGCGUAGUCCGGAGCCUAAACCGAGAUGGAACCCGAAGCCUGAACAAAUUCGCAUACUGGAAGGCAUAUUCAACACCGGGAUGGUUAACCCACCUAGGGAUGAGAUCAGGAAAAUCAGAGCUCAACUGCAAGAGUAUGGCCAAGUAGGGGAUGCCAAUGUCUUUUACUGGUUCCAGAACAGAAAAUCAAGAAGCAAACACAAGAUUCGCAAUCUCAAAAACUCUAAACAACAAUCCCAGCAAAACCAACAAACCCCUCCCAUCACUGCACCGUCUUCUUCAUCUUCCUCAUCCGAGAAAUCUUCACCCAAAGGAGCUAACCGCAGUACUCUCUCUUUGAGUUCUACAAAUGUCAUCGAUAUUUCCAACUCUCCAACUGCUUCUGUGAAACAGUUCUACUUUCAUCAGCCUCAGAACGACUUCUUGAACGAACCUUUCUUCUUUCCCAUGCAACAGUCUACUGCUGGAGCCGGGUUCACACAAGCGUUUGGCUUAUCAGAGCUAACCAAUGUGGUUCAAGUCCCUGAUCAACCAGUUGGACCCUGUACAAGUCUAUUGUUGAGUGAGAUAUUAAGCCAUGGGGAUUCAAGGAAAGAACAAGAGGAAAGGAUGAAUAUGCAGCUCCAGCAUAUGCAUUAUAUCGUGAGUUUAGCCCCUUGUACUCACUCUAUUUCCCCUCACACUGCUUCCUCCAGUGCUACAAUUACUGUUCCAUCUAUUAUUCAACACAUUCAUGGUGUUGGGGAAUCGGCCACAGUGGAGCCUGGCAAUCUGGGUAGAUCGACGGUGUUUAUAAAUGAUGUAGCGUUUGAGGUAACGGUAUGUCCCUUCAACGUGAGGGAGGCUUUUGGUGAUGAUGCAAUCUUGAUCAACUCCUCUGGUCAACCUGUUCUCACAAACGAGUGGGGGUUAACCCUUCAAUCCCUUCAAAAUGGUGGAUUUUACUAUCUGGUUCGCUCAUUAACCCCCUUCUCCAUCUAA